AUGAGCAGCAGCAGCGAGUUGAAGAGGAAGCGGACGGCCUCCUCCGGCGGAGAGGGCACGACUCAACACAGCAGCAGCAAGAAAGGGACGCCGGAGAAGCAAAAGGCAAAGAAGAUGAAGAAGGCCACCGCCGGCGACAACGGGCUGGGCACGAAGCAGCAGCAGCAGCAGGAGGCGAGCCUCCCUUGGGCGGCGUCGGGGGCGGGCGGCUUUCAGUUGGUGCCGCUGCCGCUCAAGCCGCCCCACGCCCUCGCGGCCAAUGAAGAGGAGGAGGAGAAGGCGAGGAGGAGGUACCUCUACAUCCGGCAGCACCGCGCCGGCUCGCAGGUGGACGACGACCCGCGCGGGCACCACCCGACCGAAGAGGCCGGCGCCACGUCGACCCUGUUCGUGGCCAACGUGGGCGACGACGCCGAUGCGGGCGCCGUUGAGGACCAGCUGCGCCGGCUCUUCGAAAGGUGUGGCCACCCCGUGGAAAGCGUGACGCUCAAGUCCAUGCGCCGCGUGCCGCCGGCGGACAGCCACCGACAGCAGCAGCAGCAGCAGCAGCGGCCAGCGCACCAGGGCGGGCGAGGGCCGUGGCUGGAGGUGGCCCAGGCCGAUGACGCCGAAGCCCGUCCGCUCGUGUUUGCCCACGUCACCUUCUCCAGCCCUGACGGGCUACGCGCCGCGCUGCGCUACGAUUGGAACUCGGCUGCCGCCGCCGAAAGCGACGCCGCUGGAGAGGCAGCCGGCUCUGGGCGCGGGGUGAACAAGUGGCUCCUCGAGUACGAAGAGGCGCGCCCGGACCCUCAGCGGGUGCUGGCCGAAGUGGAUGCCUUCAUGGCCGACUUCGACCGCAGGCAAAGGCUGGCGGAGAAGGAGGAGGAGGCGGCGCUCGGGAAGCCCGACGCAGAUGGGUUCGUCACGGUGCGCCGCAAGGGGAGGAAGAAGGUGGCGGACGGCGGCAUCCCGAUCGCCAGCGCCAAAGCAGCGCCCGCCCUUGCCGCCAAGGCCCAGCGACAGGAGUCGGACAAGGUGCUCCUCGACUUUUACCGCUUCCAGCGCCGCGAAAACCGACGAAAGCAGCUGGCGGACCUCCGAUUGCGCUUCGAGGAGGACAAGAAGAAGAUCGCAAAGCUGCGCGCACAGCGCAAGUUCAAGCCCUUCUAG